UAAAAGUGAGGUUAAACUCGCUUGACAGAUGCUAGAUGGUCAACUUGUCAGAUAAAUUGCAAAUAUAAUUGACGCAUAAUUUAAGACAUAAAAAAACAACUGAAAUCAAAGUAAAAAAUACCUUCAAAAGUAUACAUAAUGUAAAAACAAAACAACAAAUAAGAACGUAAAAAACAAACAAAUAUAUACUUGGGAUAUUUAAACAACGCGCCUCUUUUGUUUAUCGUAAACGUCAAAAGAUGGCCGUAUAGGUGAACUAAUGCGAGACGUACGUCAACAGUUGCAACAACAGGUAAGACAAAGGCGGAAAAUGCGAGGUAGUUGCGCGUUUCAUCUCUCAAAAGAGUUUCGUUUGUGCUGGCGAAACGGUCGCCAUUGUUGUUGUGUUCGUCAGUGGCCAUAUUUGUCGACCAUCUUUUAUAAACAAAAAAAUCAGUCAUGGCCGACCACCAAAAUAUCAUGUGCGAAGUCGAGAUUCAGCAGGACAUCCAGGAAUGCGUGGAAAUCGAGGCGAUUCCGGUGGAAAUGUCUGAAACGAUCGUGGAAUGCGGCAUGCAAGGUCUAGAGGGCCGCGACAUCAUCCUGGAGGCGCAGGAGGAGAUCAUAGACGACUCCGGCGACCCCUUAAGUCUGUACGAGGUCCCCGUCCCCGACUCUUCGGAUUUGUACGUCGAAUCUUCCCCCGGACCUUCGACUAAGCGCAAGAAAUCGGCCAAAAACCGCGGCAUACUCUCGCGAAGAGACAACGAGCUCCUGCUCAGCGACAUGCACAUGGAAACUAAGCCCAGGAAGUGGGAACAAAAGCAAGUGCAGAUCAAGACGAUGGAAGGCGAGUUCUCGGUCACGAUGUGGGCUUCCGGAGCCAGCGACGAUGAAGGAUCGAAUCCGGAACCAGACCCGGAUUACACGGAAUACAUGACGGGCAAAAAGAUACCGACGGACGGAAUACCAGGGUUGGACCUGUCGGACCCCAAGCAGUUGGCUGAGUUUGCCAGACCGGGGCUGAAAAGCCCCCGGGUUAGAAGGCCGAACCAAGAUAACACCGAUCGCACUAUUGCUUGCCCACACAAAGGAUGCAACAAAAUGUUCAGGGAUAAUUCGGCGAUGAGAAAGCAUUUGCACACGCAUGGGCCCAGAGUUCAUGUUUGCGCGGAAUGCGGCAAAGCCUUUGUGGAAUCAAGCAAGUUGAAACGCCACCAGUUGGUGCACACGGGUGAAAAGCCUUUCCAAUGCACUUUCGAGGGGUGCGGAAAACGGUUUAGUCUCGAUUUUAAUCUAAGAACCCACGUAAGAAUUCACACUGGCGACAGGCCCUACGUGUGCCCCUUCGACGGCUGCAACAAAAAGUUUGCGCAAUCGACAAACCUGAAAAGUCACAUUUUGACACACGCUAAAGCAAAAUCGAGAAACAACAUCGCCAGGCAAACUAACAAUGUUCAAAUAAUGCAACCGCACUUUUUGCAAGUGGAAGUUGGCGAUCCAGAAUAUAUCGUCUACACCGAUUAAUUUUGGUUUGUGUACGUGUAAAUAUUAGAGUAUGCAGCAACAUUACCUUGUAAAAACCAAAAAAGUGAUUUUAAAUGUUCCGCAAGUUUUGCAUUUUAUUUGUUGGAAGUAUUUUUUGUAAAUGCAACACUUCUAGAACAUUGACAGUACUAUAUAUUAUUAUUAUUAUUUUUAACUCACAAUUAGCGUAUAGUUUUUCUCUAUGUCAUGAGUAGUGGUUUAAACUAAUCGUGACGGUUGUAAUUUAAUUUGUAUUUAUUUAACUUAAGUACAAAUAUGACUGACAUACUUUUUUUUAAUACAGGAUGUCCCAAAAUUGUUACUCUUGAAAUGCAAGACAAACUUUCCUUUACUAUUUUCGUCGAAUUCGCGAAAAUUGUAAAAGAAAAACUGUCUUGUGAUUUCACCCAAAUUUUAGGACACCCUGUAUAGUGCAUAUAUAAAUUUAUCAAAAUCGGGCACGAAAUUGUGUCAGAUUUCGUUUUAUUAUGUGAUCGCAAGCAUAUUUUUGAUUAUUUUUCAAAUAUUGUUUUUAAGCCUUUUCACUCUUAGUUUAAUUUAUCAAAGUAGAUUUUAAGUUAUUGUAAUAUAUCGAUAUAUUUCCUAACUGUAAAUAAAAUUUCAAAGAGUAAUAAAUAAUUUUUCAACUAA